GAGGAUGGCGGGAAGCCACAACAAGAAGCGGGCGGGGGCGCCAGUCUCGGGGCGACCGCCGGCGGGGCCACACUAUGCACUAGGCCGCCGUCAUGGACUUUGAAUGGAAGGAGAAGCGGAACAACGAGCGGGCCAAGGUGGAGGAGCUGUUCGGGUACGAGGGGUGCAAGGUGGGCCGCGGCACCUACGGCCACGUCUAUAAGGCCAAGAGGAAGGACAGUGUGGAUACAAAGGAGUAUGCUCUCAAGCAGAUAGAGGGGACUGGCCUCUCAAUGUCAGCGUGCAGGGAAAUAGCACUUCUGCGCGAGUUGAAACAUCCUAACGUAAUCAACCUGCAGCGUGUGUUCCUGUCACAUGCUGACCGCAAAGUGUGGCUUCUCUUUGACUAUGCUGAACAUGACUUGUGGCACAUCAUCAAGUUUCACAGAGCUGCCAAAGCAAAUAAAAAGACUGUGCAAGUAACAAAGGGAAUGGUCAAAUCUCUCCUGUAUCAGAUUUUAGAUGGAAUUCGUUAUCUCCACUCAAAUUGGGUGCUGCAUAGAGAUUUGAAACCAGCAAAUAUUCUGGUCAUGGGGGAAGGAAUUGAACGAGGUCGUGUCAAGAUUGCAGAUAUGGGUUUUGCACGACUUUUUAAUUCGCCCCUCAAACCUUUAGCCGAUUUAGAUCCUGUUGUAGUAACAUUCUGGUACCGAGCACCAGAACUACUUCUGGGUGCACGUCAUUACACAAAAGCAAUUGAUAUUUGGGCAAUUGGCUGUAUUUUUGCAGAAUUGCUGACAUCAGAACCAAUUUUCCACUGUAGACAAGAGGACAUUAAAACUAGUAAUCCCUAUCAUCAUGAUCAAUUAGAUAGAAUCUUUAAUGUUAUGGGCUUCCCACAAGAAAAGGACUGGGUUGACAUCAAGAAAAUGCCAGAGCACGGUACAUUAAUGAAAGACUUCAAGAAGAACAAUUACUCCAAUUGUUCUCUUGUUAAAUAUAUGGAUAGACACAAGAUCAAACCUGACGGCAAAGCAUUCAUGUUGUUGCAGAAGCUAUUGACAAUGGAUCCAACUAAACGAAUUACCUCCGAGCAAGCAAUGCAGGACCCAUACUUCCUGGAGGACCCCGUACCAACUCAAGAUGUCUUUGCAGGGGGCCCUAUUCCGUACCCAAAGCGUGACUUUCUGUCGGAUGAGGAGCAGGAUGACAAGUCUGAUAAUAAGAAGAAGGUUUUCAUGGAGCAGAGCUGGACCAAUCAACAGAGAGCAGCAGCAGCCAAGAAGAAGAUAUUUAUGGAUCAGACAUGGACAAACCAACAAAGAGUGCAGGCAGCAACCAAGGGUGGAGGAGAACCAGCGUCGAAAAGAGUCCGUCUUGGUCACCAUCAAAGCAGCAUUGGAGGCCAGCAAAACUUCACUCACAUGACUCAACGUAAUCACCCUAACCAGCAACAACACCCAGGCCAUGUCCAGCAGGGCGGCAUGAUGAACUACACCAACACUCAACAGACUGGCAACUUCAACCAGCGAUAUUGACACGUCACAGAGGCACUCGUCGCUUGCUGUCUCCAUAGCGUAAUGAAACUAGCGAAAAACACGUUUUCCUUGCCCGACUUCUCUGAUAAUUCUUGCAAUAGUUAUCACAAUUAUCGAGUAUUUCUUGCACCUCCUUUUCAUUUCCCUUUCAGAGUAGGGAGAAGAGGUAUUAUAUCCUUCCUAAGCUUAAAUACAUAAAGUGUAGAUGUGGGAUUCAUGGCUGAAAUGUUUUAUGGGAAAAAUAAAUUUGUUUUAAGUGUGG